GGUGGAGGAGGGGUUAUGGUCAGUUAAAUUUGGAUUAAAAUAUAUAAAAUAGUAGAGCUAUCGCAUCCCUCGUUACUCGUCCGUUCCACCAUGUUCAGAAAGUUGCUGAUUGCAUUCGGGUUGGUUGCGGCCGCGGCGGCCACGUGUCGCCCGGGGGCCUUCGAGUGCGCUCCCCAGUGCAUUCCUCAGCGAUGGGUGUGCGAUGGGCGUGACGACUGCUGGGGAGAUGGGGACGACGAGCUCGACUGCGCCACGUGCGCCGACGGCUACUACCACUGCGCCGAGAACAAGUGCAUUCCGGAGCAUCGGGUUUGCAAUCGCUACGACGACUGCGAGGGAGGCGAGGACGAGAUCAACUGCCCCGUGAAUCCCCCCCCAUGUCCCGAGGGCAGCUUCCAGUGUCCCGACGGCGGCCCGUGCAUCCUGGAGCAGUUCGUGUGCGACGGCUACAUGGACUGCUACGGGAACGAGGAUGAGACUGGCUGCACCUCUUGCAACGGCGGCUUCCACUGCGACGACGACACCUGCAUCUACGAGAUCUACAUGUGUGACGAGAGGGAGGACUGUUCCAACGGAGAGGACGAGGCGGCUUCAGACUGCGAAUGUCGUGACACUGACUUCAUCUGCAACAACGGCCAUUGCCUCCCCGACUACAUGGUGUGCGACGGAACAGCUCACUGCCAUGACGGAGAAGACGAAGCAAGUUGCAAAGGGGUGAAGCAGCCCCGCCCCCAGCCCCGCCCCCGCCGUGACCCCCGCCUGUCCCGAGCCCAGAGUUCCUUCCUCUACAAACUCGCCAGAAUCCCCAAGAACUAAGGACUCCCUCCCUCCUUGCGACUCAUUCCCCGGGGCCUCCGUCAGUCGUCGGGAAAAACUAUCCGCCUGGGUGACUCCCGCAGGAUCCUACCCUUUCAAGUUACGUCGCUCGGGAAUCGCAGCUCGCCAGUCUGGACCGAUUCUGGGAGUUGGAUUCUACUCUGAAUAAAUGUUUAAUCCAUA